AUGUCCAACCCCAAACCUAGAGGAGAAGUUUGGAAAAACCCCGAAGAUGUGUCGUUGUGCAUGGUGGUGGUUGCGGUUGGUGAAGACGGUGACAAAGCUACCGGUCAAGAGAAGAAAAAAGUAUGGGAUCGUAUAUGGGAAAUGUAUGAAGCUUGCAAGCCACCCGGUUCCGUUAUUAGAUCGGGAGGAGGGUGUGAAGCUCGUUGGAGAAAGAUUAGACCGGGUUCCACAAGGUGGCAUGAAGCUCUUACCAAAGAGGAGGCCGCUCACGCAAGUGGUGAAAAUGCCACUGACUUGGAAGUGCAAGCUAGGUCUGUAUAUCGUACAUUGUCUUUGGGGGAGGAGUUUAAAUUUGCGCAUUGUUGGCCAAUAUUGAAGGAUAUAGAAAAGUUUAGCAAACCUUCGUCCUUGGAUGAUAAAAUCUCUAGUGGUCGAUCACCUAUUGACUUGAACGGAGAAGGUACACCCAUUGAGGGAACCCCAAGCCCUUCAAAUGUGCAUGCACGCCCUCCAAACCAAAAAGCUCAAAGGGCUGUUAAGAAAAGAUGCAAGCAAGAUGACACAUCUCAACUCUUAGCUCAAAUGAAAAGAAUUGCGGACCAAUGA